UUGUUUUCACAUUCUUCCAAGUAAAAAAAAACCAUUGCCAAUCCUCCAUGAUGCAAGUGGAAUUAUCAAGCCAAGAAGGAUGACUCUACUUUUAGGCCCCCCAGGCUCUGGAAAGACCACAUUACUAUUGGCAUUGGCUGGAAAACUUGAUAAACAUGAUCUAAAACUUUCGGGGAGAGUUACAUACAACGGACAAGGGAUGGGGGAGUUUGUACCACAGAGGACGGCAGCUUAUGUUAGUCAACAUGAUCUCCACAUACCAGAAUUGACAGUGAGAGAAACGUUGGCUUUUUCAGCUAGGUGUCAAGGGGUUGGACCACGUGAUGAAAUGUUGGUAGAAUUAUCAAGGAGAGAGAAGGCUGCAAAUAUUAUGCCAGAUCUUGAUCUUGAUCUCAUCAUGAAGGCAGCAGCACUAAAAGGACGGGAAACCAAUGUUGUUACAGAUUUGAUACUCAAGGUUCUGGGACUGGAAGCUUGUGCUGACACCGUUGUAGGGGACGAAAUGACCAGAGGUAUAUCUGGUGGACAGAAAAAGCGAGUCACGACAGGGGAGAUGCUGGUUGGACCAGAAAGAGUACUUUUUAUGGAUGAGAUAUCAACUGGCCUGGACAGUUCAACAACAUUUCAAAUAGUGAAUUCACUGCGACAAUACGUCCACAUCCUCAACGGAACUGCAUUAAUCUCCCUCCUGCAGCCAGCACCAGAGACUUAUGCUCUCUUUGAUGAUAUACUUCUUCUCUCGGAUGGCUACAUUGUGUAUCAAGGCCCCUGUGAGAAUGUGCUUGAGUUCUUUGAGUACAUGGGCUUCAAAUGUCCAGAGAGGAAAGGAAUCGCUGAUUUCCUACAAGAAGUGACAUCAAGGAAAGAUCAAGAGCAAUACUGGAUUCAUAGAGAUAAGCCUUAUGGCUUUGUAACAACCAAAGAAUUUUCUGAAGCAAUGAAGUCAUUUCACAUUGGUCGAAAACUUGGUGAUGAGCUUGCUAUUCCAUUUAACAAGUCUGAAGGCCACCCUGCAGCAUUAGCAACUAAGAAGAAUGGUGUUAACAAGAAGGAACUAUUCAAAGCUUGUAUGGACAGGCAAAUUUUGCUUAUGAAGAGGAAUAAGUUUGUCUACAUUUUCAAAUUGGCGCAGCUUAUUGUAGCUGCUUUUGUAACAACGACGUUGUUUCUACGUACUGAGAUGCACCGGAGCACAGUAGAAGAUGGUGGGAUUUAUAUGGGAGCUUUAUUCUUUACACUGCUCUCAAUUAUGUUCAACGGGUUUGCAGAGCUUCAUAUGACUGUCGAGAGACUUCCCGUGUUCUUCAAGCAAAGGGACCAUCUGUUCUAUCCUGCAUGGGCAUACUCUUUACCGCAAUGGGUGAUAAGGAUCCCUAUGACCUUUGUGGAAGUCUUCAUUUGGAUGAUCAUCACUUACUACACUAUAGGUUAUGAUCCGAGCAUCGGAAGGUUUUUCAAACAGUUCCUUGUACUACUGUGUAUUAGUCAGAUGGCAAAUGGACUGUUUCGAUUGAUAGCAGCAUUAGGAAGGAACAUAACUGUUGCAAACACAUUUGGGUUUGUUGCUUUCCUCGUCAUUCUUGGCCUGGGUGGCUUUAUCUUAUCACAAGAGGAUAUGAACAAAUGGACGUUGUGGGGAUAUUAUCUCUCACCAUUCACGUACGGACUGAAUGCAAUGGCUGUCAAUGAAUUUCUAGGAGAAAGUUGGAGCCAGGUACGUAAGGAUCUCUUUUCAUUAGGAGUUUUAGUCUUGAAGUCUCGAGGGAUAUUCCCAGAAGCACGUUGGUACUGGAUUGGAGUGGCAGCUUUGAUUGGAUUUAUUCUUCUGUUCAAUAUCCUUUUCAAUUUGGCACUUCAAUAUCUUGAUCCAAUUGAGGAGGCCCAGGCAGCAGUUUCCAAUGAGGCUUUGGCUGCAACAGAAGGUAGCAAAAAUGCAGCAAAUCGGACCAAGCAGCGCGGAAUGGUUCUUCCUUUUGAAUCCCUUCCAGUUACGUUUGAUGAAAUUAGAUAUGCUGUUGACAUGCCACAGGAAAUGAAGGAUCAAGGCAUAACCGAUGACCGGCAUGAAAUUCUGAAGGGUGUGAGUGGUACUUUUAGGCCUGGGUUCCUAACGGCUCUAAUGGGUGUUAGCGGUGCUGGAAAAACUACUCUGCUGGAUGUUUUGGCAGGAAGAAAAACAGGUGGAUACAUUGAGGGAAGCAUCACCUUAUCUGGAUAUCCAAAAAAGCAAGACACAUUUGCUCGUGUAACAGGAUAUUGUGAGCAAACAGACAUACACUCUCCUCAUGUUACAGUUUAUGAGUCUUUGGUUUACUCUACAUGGCUCCGAUUACCUCCAGAGAUCGAUCUCCAGAACAGAAGGAUGUUCAUUGAGGAAGUAAUGGAGCUUGUGGAGUUGACAACGAUAAGUGACGCACUUGUUGGAUUGCCUGGAGUGAAUGGUCUCUCAACUGAGCAGCGCAAACGGCUAACGAUUGCGGUAGAGCUUGUUGCCAACCCAUCCAUCAUAUUUAUGGAUGAGCCGACCUCUGGCCUUGAUGCCAGGGCAGCAGCAAUUGUAAUGAGAACAGUGAGGAAUACAGUGGACACCGGAAGAACUGUAGUCUGCACCAUCCACCAGCCAAGCAUUGACAUAUUCGAUGCUUUUGAUGAGAUGCUGCUUUUGAAACAGGGAGGGGAAGAAAUAUAUGUUGGCCCUUUAGGCCGCCAUUCUUCCAAGUUGAUCGAAUACUUUGAGGGGAUUAGAGGAGUUCCUAAAAUAAAGGAUGGUUACAAUCCUGCAACUUGGAUGUUGGAGGUUACUUCUGCAGCACAAGAAGCAGCUCUAGGGGUUAAUUUCGCAGACAUAUACAAGCAUUCAGAAAUGUACAGGAGAAACAAGGCCUUGAUCAAGGAACUAAGUACCCCUACACCAGAUUCAAAAGACUUGCACUUUCCAACACAAUAUUCUCAGUCUUUCUUUACACAGUGUCUAGCUUGCCUAUGGAAGCAACAUGUAUCAUACUGGCGAAACCCACAAUACAGUGCAGUGAGACUUUUUUACACAGCUAUGAUGGCUUUGCUAUUUGGAACAAUUUUCUGGGAUCUUGGCUCCAAAAGGCAACGGCAAAGAGAUCUUUUACAAGCAAUGGGUUCUAUGUAUGCUGCUGUUCUCUUCAUUGGGAUACAAAAUUCCUUAUCAGUGCAGCCAGUUGUAGGUACUGAGAGGAUGGUCUUUUACAGAGAAAGGGCUGCUGGAAUGUACUCUGCUUUUCCAUUUGCCUUUGGACAGGCUGUCAUUGAAAUCCCAUACACUUUGAUCCAGACUAUCAUAUACGGGGUUAUAGUAUAUAGCAUGGUUGGAUUUCAUUGGACGGUCAGCAAGUUCUUUUGGUAUCUCUUCUUCAUGUAUUUCACCUUCUUAUACUUCACCUUCCAUGGGAUGAUGAUCGUGGCCAUUACUCCCAAUAACACCAUCUCUGCUGUAGUUUCAUCCGCCUUCUUUCCAUUAUGGAACGUUAUUUCAGGAUUUAUCAUUCCCAAAACAAGAAUUCCAAUAUGGUGGAGAUGGUUCUAUUGGAUAAGCCCUACCUCUUGGAGCUUGUACGGAUUGUUUUCUUCACAGUUUGGGGGCAUAACGGACACACUUGAUUCUGGUGAAACUGUGGAUGAUUUUAUGAGGACUUAUUUUGGGUAUAGACAUGACUUUCUAGAUGUUGUUGCAAUUGUGCUAGUUGGGUAUUCAGUGGUAUUUUGUUUCAUCUUUGCCUUGGGAAUCAAAACAGUGAACUACCAAAAGAGAUGAAAUUAACAUUGUACACGUACUUUUAAAGAAAAAAUAUGAUAUGCAAGUUUCAUUUUGUAUA